AUGUCGACUGAAGGGGACGGCACCGUCCAAGACCCCAUCAACCGAGAACCUGACCCCGAAACGCUGGUCAAAAGCUUCCUCACCCCGUCUCAGGCUCGCGAUACAGCUGAAUUCAAGGCAUAUGAUCGAAACCACGGCCCGAUCCAGCAUAUCGAUGCCUCGAAGCACAGAGUCACUGUCAGAUCGGACUCCACAGCAGAAUCAAGGGCCGUACCAAAGCCAGUCGACCUCAAACUCUCGGUGGACGAUCUCCACUCCAGAUUCCGUCAACAUACCGUGACAUGUGCAUUGCAAUGCGCAGGCAACCGGCGCCAUGAGAUGCGAAGCCGACUAAAAGAAGUCAGCGGCAUCGACUGGGGCGACGGCGCGGUCAUGAAUGCCGAAUGGACUGGACCGUUGCUGCGUGAUGUGCUCAUCGCCGCUGGGGUCGUCGAGAAGAAUGAGUCUCAUGAAGGGCUUCACGUCCAGCUAGAGUGCAAUGCCACUGAAGUCCAGGAAGACGACUGGUAUGGGGGGAGUAUUCCGCUUGCUGUGGCCAUGGACCCGGAGAGGGAAGUUGUGUUGGCGUUGAAGAUGAACGGCGAGCCCUUAUCAGACAGACACGGCGCCCCAGUCCGCGCCAUCACGCCAGGCAUCGUCGGUGCCCGUUCCGUCAAGUGGCUGGACACCAUUGUCGUCUCGUUAAGCGAGUCGCAGAACCACUAUCAGCAGCAUGACUACAAAGUCUUGCCACCUGAGGCAACCAGUCCCGAGAAAGCGGAGGAGUUGGGGUUGUGGCAGAAAGGCGUCGUCCCUCCCAUGUUGGACAAUGAUAUCAAUUCUGUCGUGGCUGUUCCUGGGGAGGAUGGGGCCGAGCUGCACAGAGAUUCUGGCGGUCGGGUCAGAAUAGCAGGGUAUGCGAUCCCGAAAGGUAAAGAUGGGCCAGUUGUCAAUGUCUGCGUCAGCAUUGAUCGUGGCGGCGCAUGGCACGACGCAAAGAUAUUGACUGAUGGAGACGAAUAUACCACGCAGCUGGCGAACACGGGCAAAGCAGGGGCUGAGGGUGAGGAUGAUGGCGCAAGCAAGCUGCGUGACAACAAGUUCAGUUGGGUGCUUUGGGAAGUGUCCAUCACGUGCGAGCCCGCUGAAGACGUGAGUAUUUGGAGCAAAGCAACUGAUCGAGGUGGGAAUACCCAGAGCGAAAUCGAGGGGAGCUGGAAUCUGAGAGGAGUGGGAUACAAUGCUGUUGAAGGGAGGAGGGGAAUCAAGAUCGUAUAG